GUUGCGGUGCAGUUUUUAUCUCUGCCCUUCCACCCCCUCGCACAAAAACACAAAAAACAUUAAAAAUCUCUCUCAUCUCUCUCUCUAUCUCUCUGCAUUCAUUAAUCUUUAAUCCAUAAAAGCAGAUCCUGCAUCGUUGGUUUUAAUCUCGACGUUAAAUCCAAUUUUUUUAUUAAAAAAAUCUCGAAAAAAAAGUAGGGUUUGAGAAAUAUGGCGCAGAUUCAGGUGCAGCAGCCGCAGAUUCAGGUGACGGGCGGCAAUGGGGUGGCGGCGGUCGUGGCGGUGAACGGCGGAGGGAACCAGUUGUCGACGACGUCGCUUUAUGUGGGUGAUUUGGAUCAUAGUGUGACGGAUGGACAGCUGUAUGAUAUGUUUGCUCAAGUGGCUUCAGUGGCGUCUGUUAGGGUUUGUAAGGAUAUCACCACUAAUCUUUCGCUUGGAUAUGGCUAUGUGAAUUACAAUAGUCCUCAGGAUGCGGCAAGGGCAAUGGAUGUUCUGAACUUUACUCCAGUGAAUGGCAAAUCAAUUCGGGUCAUGUACUCUAAUCGUGAUCCCACUAUUCGGAAGAGUGGAGUAGGAAAUAUAUUUAUCAAGAAUCUGGACAAGUCUAUCGACAACAAAGCUUUACAUGAGACUUUUUCGAGUUUUGGCACUAUCCUUUCUUCUAAGAUAGCGACUGAUCCAUCUGGGCAGUCUAAAGGUUAUGGUUUUGUUCAGUUUGAUAGCAAAGAAGCUGCACAAAACGCGAUAGAUAAGCUAGAUGGCAUGUUGAUGAAUGAUAAACAAGUUUACGUUGGACAUUACAUCCGUAAAGAGGACCGAGAUGCUGCUUUGAGUAGGGCAAAGUUCAACAAUAUAUAUGUGAAAAAUCUUUCCUCAGCUACAACUGAAGAUGAUCUUAAGAAAUUAUUUGGUGAAUUUGGAACAAUUACUAGUGCAGUAGUGAUGAGAGACGGGGAGGGUAAAUCUAGAUGCUUUGGAUUUGUCAACUUUGAUAAUCCAGAUGCUGCUGCUGAGGCUGUUGAGGCCAUAAAUGGAAAGAAGUUUGAUGAUAAGGAGUGGUAUGUUGGCAAAGCCCAGAAGAAAUCUGAAAGAUUGAUGGAAUUAAGAAGUCAGUUUGAGCAAAUCGCAAAGGAACAAUCGGACAAGUUUAAAGGAUUGAAUCUGUAUGUCAAAAAUCUUGAUGACACAAUUGAUGAUGAUAAACUGAAGAACUUAUUCUCUGAAUUUGGAACUAUCACAUCUUGCAAGGUUAUGCGUGAUCCCAGGGGAAUUAGCCGAGGAUCUGGUUUUGUUGCUUUCUCAACUCCUGAAGAAGCUACUCGAGCUCUCGCUGAGAUGAAUGGAAAGAUGACAGUGAGCAAACCACUUUAUGUUGCCCUUGCUCAGCGGAAAGAGGAGAGAAGAGCAAGGCUGCAGGCACAAUUCUCUCAGAUGAGGCCAGUUGCAAUGCCACCUGCCGUGGCUCCUCGUAUGCCAAUCUAUCCACCUGGAGCAGCUGGUUUCGGACAGCAACUCUUUUAUGGGCAAGGCCCUCCUGCCAUGUUUCCUUCCCAGGCUGGGUUUGGCUAUCAGCAGCAGAUGGUGCCGGGAAUGAGGCCAGGUGGUGCUCCUAUGCCAAAUUUCUACAUGCCUAUGGUCCCUCAGGGACAGAGGCCUGCUGGAAGGCGAGGAGCGGGUCCUAUACAACAGACUCAGCAGCCUGUUCCUUUAAUGCAGCCGCAGAUGAUGCCAAGGGGGCGCAUGUAUCGUUUUCCACCAGGUCGCAAUGUUACAGAUGUGACCAUGCCAGGUGUUGGUGGAGGAGUGCUCCCUAUUCCUUAUGAGAUUGGUGGCGCACUUCCUCGAGAAGCUGUAACUUAUCCUAUGCCAAUUACAGCAUUGGCUUCUGCCCUAGCAAAUGCACCUGCUGAUCAGCAGAGAACUAUGUUAGGUGAAAAUCUUUACCCGCUAGUGGAUCAGCUGGAGCAUGAUCAUGCAGCUAAGGUCACAGGCAUGCUCCUGGAAAUGGACCAAACUGAAGUUUUGCACUUGCUCGAGUCACCUGAUGCACUAAAGGCUAAAGUUGCGGAGGCAAUGGAGGUUUUGAAGAACGUGUCACAAGCUGCUACGCCAGCUGAUCAGCUGGCUAACCUUUCACUCAAUGAAAAUCUCGCCUCUUAAGUUAAGGGCUGUUUCAGUUGUGGUGGUGUUCUGGAUCACCAUAUCGCGAUGUAGUCAAGAAACUAGGUAUCUAUCAUGAGUCAGUUAGUUAAAUAUGAAGGGUUGGGAACCAAGUCCUUUUUUUUCUAGUUGUCAUAAGAUUUUUCUCUAUAAUAAGUAUUCUGUUAGGUAUGAAAUUGAGAACUUAAAAUAUUUCCGGGUCUUGAAUUUGGUAAGAAUUUUUCGGCUAUAGUUUUGAUAAUAAUAUAUGGAGACAAUUUGAAAGAUA